AUGCGGCCAUACUUUCGCCCAGCGUCCUUUUAUUUCUUGGCACUAUUUCUGCUGCUGGCUGAAGCCCGCUCCAACGCCCUUCCCUCUCUGAUCCCUACCGACGAGUGCGGUACAAGGCCUGUUGUGGAAGAGAUAAAAACAGGGUCUCGUAUUGUAGGUGGACGUGAAGCUCAGCUCGGGGCUUGGCCGUGGCAAGUUAGUCUUCAGAUUUACCACUUUGGUAUAGGUUUAAGAUAUCUCCAUGUAUGUGGUGGAUCAUUAAUUAAUAACAAUUCAGUGCUAACAGCUGCACACUGCAUUACAGAAAAGUUGAAGCCAAAGGUUUGGAGGGCUGUGAUUGGCUUGCAUCAUCUUUAUUUGCACAACUCUCAUACUGUAAAGAGCCGGAUUAGGGCUAUCAUGGUCCACUCUAAGUACAACAAACAUACCUCUGAAAACGAUGUUGCGUUGUUUAAGCUAAGCAAGUCUGUCAUAUACAGUGACUAUAUUCAGCCCAUCUGCUUACCUAACACUUCUGUUCUCCUGACUGAUGAGACUACAUGUUACAUAAGUGGAUGGGGUUUGAAGUACGAGCAUGGCAGUUAUCUAUUACAAGAAGCUCAAAUAGGAGUUAUUCCACUAGAAAUCUGUAAUAGAUAUGACUGGUAUGCAGGGUCAGUUUCAAGGAAUCAUCUUUGUGCUGGCUCCGAAACUGGAAGUGUUGAUAGCUGUCAGGGAGACAGUGGUGGUCCUCUUAUGUGCUAUUUCCCAAGUGACACCAAAUAUUAUCUAAUAGGAAUCACAAGCUAUGGCAUUGGCUGUGGUCGACCGAAACAGCCAGGAGUAUAUGUACAUAUAGCUAAUUACAGACGUUGGAUAGAUAGACAUGUUCGACUGUUCAACAAAACUACCACUUGUAGCAUUACAGUGAAACACUGUGUUGGAACCGGGAGCCAUAGGCGCUUGACAGAAUAUAGUGGGUCAUCACAGCAGCCGCUCUGA